GGGACAGCAAGUAAGGUUGAGGAGAUCUCUCUCUAUCUUUUAUAUCUAUCUCUUCCAUUAUGGAAGCAACAGUCAGCUCUGUUGUUGGCUCUAUUGCUUUGGUAACUCUGCUAACAUGCGCAUGGAAGGUAGUGAACUGGGUGUGGUGGAGGCCAAAGCAGAUAGAGAAGUGCCUGAGAGAGCAGGGAUUCAAGGGAAAUCCAUACAAACUGUUGUAUGGAGACACAAAAGAGAUGAUAUCAACAAUAAGAGCUGCAAAAUCCAAAGCCAUGGACCAGUCCUCAGACGAUAUCAUCCCACACGUCCUACCAUUCCACCAUUAUUGUGUCCAACUUCACGGUAAAAAUUACUUUCAAUGGAUAGGCCCAACACCAAGAGUAACCAUUACAGAUCCUAAAUUGAUAAAAGAGAUCUUACAUAACUAUGAAGCCUUUCAAAAACCCGCGAUGAACCCACUUGGCAAAUUACUUGUGAGAGGGCUUGGAUCGUGCGAGUGUGAGGAAUGGGUCAAGCACAGAAAUCUUCUCAACCCAGCCUUUCAUCUAGAAAAGUUGAAGCAUAUGGUACCUGCAAUGUACUCGAGUUGUAGUGAAAUGAUAAGCAAAUGGGAAGUGUUAGUUUCAUCAACAAAAGGGUCAUGUGAGGUUGAUGUAUGGCCUUAUCUUGAGAAUCUGACCGGCGACGUGAUUUCUCGAACAGCAUUUGGUAGUAAUUAUGAAGAAGGACAAAGGAUAUUCAAACUCCAAAAAGAGCAAUUCAAUACUAUAAUGCAACUUAUGCAAUCAAUUUACAUUCCAGGAUCAAGGUUUCUACCAACGAAGACAAACACAAAGAUUAAAACUAUCUAUGAGGAAGUGAGAUCUCUAAUGAGGAAUAUCAUCAUCAAUAAGAAAAAGCGGACAAUGAAAGGAGAUGGAGAUAAUGACUUGUUGGGAAUACUAUUGAAAACAAAUUUGAAAGCAAGUCAAGAACAAGGAAAUAAGAAGAACAUCACACUGACAACAGACGAGGUGAUUGAGGAGUGCAAGCUAUUCUACUUUGCAGGGCAAGAGACCACCUCUGCUUUGCUCGUGUGGACAAUGUACUUGUUGAGUAAGCAUCAAAAGUGGCAAGCUCUGGCUCGAGAAGAGGCUUUAGCAGUAUUUGGGGACAAUAAACCAACCUAUGAAGGGUUAAAUCAGCUCAAAACUAUAACCAUGAUUCUGUACGAGGUUCUUAGGUUAUACCCACCAGCAGCCCACAUUCUUCGAGCUAUACACAAACCGACUAGGCUAGGAGAACUUGUUCUACCAGCUGGAGUAGAGUUUACAUUGCCAGUUAUGGCAAUCCAACAUGACCCUGAAAUUUGGGGUGAAGAUGCAUUGGAGUUCAAGCCAGAGAGAUUUUCUGAAGGAAUUACAAAGGCAACAAAGGGCCAAGGCACAUUUUUUCCUUUCAGUGGGGGUCCUCGUAUAUGCAUUGGACAAAACUUCGCAAUGCUGGAAUCAAAAAUAGCCCUGGCAACGAUUUUACGCCACUUCAAAUUUCAGCUUUCUCCAUCAUAUGUGCAUUCUCCUUUCAAUGUUGUCACGAUCCAACCCCAACAUGGUGCACAAUUUAUCUUACAAAAAAUCUAGGAUUUGAAUCUUUACAAUGACAAUAUGUAUGCGGAUCUUAACAUUGUGGUUAAUAUUGUAGCUAAAUAAAAUUUACAGUAUUGUUAGAGAAUUCAGACUCAGAAAUAUUAGUGGUUUGAGUUCAACUCUAGAGUCCAUGUUUAGAAUGAAUAUGAAUCGCAUUUUUUUUUUU